UAAUGUACUAAAUGUAAAUGAUUUCUAAUUAAAAUAUACCUACUACAAUGUCACGUUUUAAAAACUUUUCUUAAUGUAAAGAAAUGAACCGUACGUUUCAGAUAACUAAACGUUCGUUAUCAAACAAACACGUCACGACAAGUUGCCGCCUUGUCAGAUUUGUUUGAAAAUAAAAACUUUCAAACCACCGCGGACGUAAUAGUAAUACAUUUUUUAUUUAUACAUUUCAAUAAAAUAAAUAACAAUACCUACUUAUGGAAAGUCCAGUUUGUUUGUCACAAUAUUUUGUAAAUAAACAAAAUGUUCGGUCUUUUAACAAUAUAAUAAAAUGUGAUAUUUUGAAACACGAAAGUGUAGAAGGUUUCGUUGAAUUUAUCUUCGGAGAUGGUGUCUCGGUGAGUGAUUUACCACCUGAUUUUAUCAAUAUAUUAUCAGGUAUUAAAAUAAAUCUUAGAAACAAAUCAAAAUUAGAUUUCCAUGACUACUUUCCUGUGAAUAGUAUUCCACAAUUACGUCCUGUCGACAAAGAGUAUAUUUUAAAUAAUUGUUGGAAAGCAAUAAAUGAAAUAUUUCCAAGAAACUUUUAUGGACAUGAUAAAAACAAAAAAAUUAUCAAGGAUCAUCUUCGAACUGUGGUUUAUAGCAUGAAACGGCAGCAUUUUAUUCUUCAAAGAGUUAUUGUUGGAUGGGAUUUGGAAGUGGUACCUUGGAAAAAUAUAAUAACAAUAAAAGCAAAAUUAAUAUUACUCAGGAUCUUAUUUUGGCUGAGCAAAUAUGUAUUAUCUCCAAUGAUCUGCCUUAACUUUUAUGUUACAACAUGCAAACUAGAUGCUAAUGAAAACAAACUUCAUUAUUUUUGGAAAAAUCAAUGGCAGAGCUUUUAUGAUAAACAAGUUUCUAAAAUGGUAUUUAGUAAGGUAAUGAAGAAAUGUGAAAUAAAUUCACUGGGUAAAAAGACAAAGAAGAACCACAAUCUAGCAGAUAGACUAAGACUAAAAAUGUUGAAAAGAAGCAUUCCAAAAUUAUAUUUAACAUUGAAGCCUAACAAUGACUGCAGACCCAUUGUUUGCUACAAAAAUGAAUUACUAAGUCAAUCAGAGAAAUAUAGAUUUAAAGACAGAUUAAAAUUUUUGAGAUCAUUGACUGGCAAACCGCCAUUAAAACUAGAAAAUCAAUACAAAACAUUGCAUGCUAAAUGGGCAGCUGCAAAUAAGCCCAAGCUUUAUUUUAUUAAGACAGAUCUAAGUAACGCUUUUGGUUGCAUUAAUAGAGAGAAGUUAUCAAAAAUAUUGUCUGAGAAACAUAUAAAUAUGCAGAAGACUGAAAAGUGUAUUGGUAUGAAGAAGAAAAUUGCUCAACAGUAUAGAGAUCUAGUAACAGAACUGCGGAAACCAAUCUUGAUACGUGCUGGAUCUACAGUUUACGAGUGGAAAGAAGGAUUAGUUCAGGGUUACAAAUAUUCCCCAGCGUUGUCCGAAUUAUAUUACACAUAUCUGGACGAAAUAUACUUCUGUGAACACAUGAAGCAAACACAUAAUCAAGUUAAAUUGUUUAUUCGAGUGGUUGAUGAUUAUCUGUACAUUACAGAUUCUUUAGCAGAUGCUAGAUUUUUUUUAAAUGCAUUAUCAAAUUAUCGAAAUGUGAACUAUGAGAAAACUACAGUCAAUUUUCCUCAUGAGAGCAUAAAGCAAAGUGAAGAUAUAUUUUUCCUUGGGUACUGUUACAAUACUGUAACUAUGCAAGUGAGUAGGGCCAAUAACAUAUUUGUUGGACAAAUGUGUUAUAAAAUUGCAUUUACAAGUGGAGUUUCUGAAAUACACAAGUUUAUUGAGAGUCGGAUUGGUCAAUCAGGGAUUCCAAUUAACAGCCACAUCUUUAAUUUGAAUUAUAAUAAUGAAGAACUAAUAUGGAAGCACAUAUUUACUACAUUUUGCCUAUCAGCUAAUAAAUUCUGUACCAUAAUGGCAAUACUAUGCAAUGAACAAGAAAUGAAGAACUUUUUAUGGCUGUACAAGAAGAGGGUAGCUGUAAAAUUAAGUAAUUCCAUGAUAGAAAUGUCAAUAAAAAAUAAGCCAUCUGAUUUUAUUUUUAUGUACUGCAUCAACCAUUUUAGAUAUCUUUCAUGGAAAGCUCUUUAUCUAUGUGCAAAACAAACUCCAAAAUGUAGUGGGCUGGUGCCUGCUGUAAACGAUGAAUUGAGAAAAUCUGAUUGUAUAUUUGGAAAGUGGCGGGAACACGCAAGGAGGAUCGACACAAAUGGGGAAUGUGAACGUAAAUCGAUAAGAGAAGUAUGUCGGAGAUCUGAUUUACGGAAGAUUUUCCGAGAGUUCGAUGUUUUACCUAAAGGAUUUGAAUGUUAUCAUCAUAAAAGGUUAUUGUAAUUGUAAUAAAAUAAAUGUGCAUAAUGUU